UCCAGUUCGGAUAUGUUCUUUAUUCGACGAAAGGUAAGGCUAUAUUAGUUCAUAGCGGCACAAUAAUUCUUAUAAAAGUCGGGAUUGAAUUCUCUUUAUUAAUGAUCUAAAUACAUCGGCAGGAAUGGUGCUUUUGGAUGACUCUAGCCUUACUUUCUAGAAACAUUGAAACACUUUCUGCUUGUCCUCGCUAACACGGUAUUUACAGGCACGAAGUAGAUCGAUCAUCCUUCUCUUGAAAGCGGAGGCGAGAUCUUGCACAAAAUGCUUGACUUUCUGAGGUAUUUUUCUAAGCAGUAGUUUUGCCCUUGGAUGAGUUAAUUCUGUGUUAUAUUCUCGAAGCCGGCUUGAGUCGACGCGCUUCACUUCGUAAACACAAACAACGGCGAACUUUGCUUUUUCGGUCGGUUAGUAAAAGUUGAAGUCGUGAUCACGACAUCUCUAUUCUGGAAAGGUUCUACUGAAAGCAACUGAUUUAUUAAACUUUGCUCGCUUUAUGAUGCUGCUGGGAAUGUAUUCUCAAACAACUAGAGCGGGAGAGAUUUACCAAACUUUCACACUGCGUCAAAGCGGAACUUGAUUUGCAUAAUCUCAUGGUGUAUUUGAAGCGUCAGACUUCGCUUUUUGAGCUUUUUGAGGGCUUAUACACUUCAACAACGGUGAUUUUGAAGGUCUGUAGCAGCCCCAUCAUCCCCUCUUCGGAAAGGUUUGAAAACGACGUUUUUACUCUGAAAAGGUUGCAACAGUUUUACGUUCAUCCUUAGAAACAAGUAAAGUGUUUUUCAUACUCCUUGAACACAGCGACAUACUUGAGUGGUAGUGAACUGUGUCCACGGCCUUGUUUGCAUUGAGAGUGUCGUGCUCCUAAAAAAAUAAAAAAAAAUAAAAGGAAAAUUUAAAAAAGCGGUUUCGUUUGUGAUUUUGUUGACCAGUCCAUUCAAAUUUAGAGAGGGUGUUAAGCUUAGAAAAGACUAGAGUGAAAUAGCCUAGGGGCAAGCCAGUGAUAAACGCUUUCAGUCAUGCGUAGAUGGAUGUUCUUGAGCAACCUCGUUUAUGGAGUCGCCGUUACGAAGAAAUAUUUCAAUGGAAAUUUGCUGAACACCGCUCGGAGGAUCAUUUUACAUUAAAUACCACCAAUUUACUUAGUGAAGUACAGUUUUAGAAUGUGCAGGCCGCCUCUUCAAGAUUUUACCAUAUGGAUCCUAAUGAGUGACUAUUCGUCGGUAGCAUAGCGAUCUUUGAUUUGUUCGUCAAUCACUGAAUGGUCGGUCGAGAAAGCAAAGUAAUAGCUUCCCCAUGAUAAGGUCCUUUCCACGUUGAGAUGCUUAGUUAUCACAGAAAGAUAUUAAUCAGAAUACUGAUAGGCCUUUGUAAGAGCAUUUUUUGAAAGUCUCUUGAUAAGAUGGCUUAUCAAGUUACACUCUUCCGAGUUUCGCUUAUUUUUUCCUUUGUCUGAUUUAGGUUGAUAUGAGACGGUAAUUUCAAAACCGUUUUACCGAUUCGCCACUAAUUUCGUUUGUUCUUUGGAUAUCUUGAUCAUGUCCUUGCUAGUACAUGCAUGUAAACAUUUCGCUGCCCACUGUUACUGGAGCAGAAAUUAAAGCAAUACGGGUACCGGUUCAAAGUAUCAGGCAAACUGUUUGUUAUACAACUUUAAUUCGAGAAUAUUGAGAGAAAGAAAAUGCACGUGUUAACUGAAGACGAAAAUUUCGCCCUCUUCGUCAAAUAUGACUGAAAACUCCGAGGAAAACGAGAGACUAUUCGCCAACAUGAACUAAUAAUUGAAUACAAAAUUUACAUAUCCGUUGAGGUAAAAUAAUUAGAGCAGAGAUAUCGUGAAAACAUCAUAUCGUUGUCUAAUGACUUUUAAUUACGGUAAGUAGCGGAGAGAAUUUUCCAUUUUGUUAUGGUAACACCACCAAUCAAAAAUGGGAGGUGAAUUAACAAAUGCCAAAUAGAAUUUUAAGUUGUUUUGCUUUGUUUUUGUUUUUGUUUUUUUACAUUUACAAGAAAAACCAUUUAUGGACCAAAAGCGAAAUGUUAAUUAAGAUCUUUUCAGUCUCGUUCAAGAGCUCGUAGGUUUUAUCGUCACUUAUUAUAUUAAAUCAUUUAAAAUUGUUUUAAUUGAACCAGGAGAUGGAAAAAUUUAUCCAGCUAAUGACUUGGCUGACCAAAAGAGUUCUCUGGUUCUCAUUUCAUGGACUAAUCGACUGCGAAAUGGGCGGGAUUUCAAUCGCGACAGGGGAUUUGGAGUUUUCCGCGUUCCUCGCUCAGUGCAAACAAGAGUUUAAAUAGUGUCUUCAUGAGAAACCAAAGAUUGGUUAAGCGUCUUUAUCCACUUGAGUUGUUCCGUAGAUAUGAGAACUCUUUGAUUUAUUCGCAGUGAAAGUUUGUGCAUAGGUAAUUCAAACAACAUCAUGGAUUAUGGUCGUUUUUGAAUAAUUCUUCCUUCAGAUAACCUUAAAAUCCAUGAAGCGAUAUUCGUUGUAAGUAAAUAUCGCGAAAUAUACCAUGCACCUCUAUGGCAAUAUCUCUCUUGAGCUAUGUAUUCUAGACAGACAGCGAAGAGCUAACACUUGAUUUCUUCGUUCCAUUUGCAGAUGUUUCGUGGAAUCAUCAAGUACGUAGCUUUCUUUGGAGUACUCGUCGGAAUAGCAAUCAUAACAAGAGUUUUGGAACAAGUUGUCGAAAAAGCUAGUCCUAAAGGUGAGCUACACAUGUGCACAAACUCGAAUACAACACCUUCGAAGUUGAAUGCACCAUGCGAUUGUCAGUCAAUUAUUGGAUACUCAAUCUGUUUCAAGAAUCCUCUGACUUUGCUCCCUUUUAGAAUCUGAAAAAUGAUCCCAUAUUGCCGUCAAUAAAAAAGAAAGGAACUGUAGUGGGUUCUAAGGUUCUCUUUGCCAAUUUUCCUUCAUUCAACGGAAAUAUUCAAAACUUUGCCGGACACUAGUGGUUAUAUGUGCCGUCUGAUUCGAGAUUAUUCUAGCAAAUGGAUGAGCGCUGUGCGAGUUGACGAGGCUUUUCGAGGUGGAAUAGAAGCAGGUCUAAGAGAAGAGCAAUUGCCCAUACUUUAAUGUAUAAAUCACUCCUCGUGGUAAUUCUGCCAAAAAUUGAGGCUCGAAAUGCCAUUCGUAAAAUUGCUUGUUUCACGCUCCUCUAAAAGCAUGAGAUAGUUAUGGUGUGUCAUUUUGCAGAUACUUACAAACCUUUGCUCUUUAUUUCAUCACAUCAACAACAACAACAGUGCUUGAUUUCUCUGUUUUGUUCUUAUUCAUGUUGUUGUAAUAACCCGUUCAUUGCUGAUGUGAACUCGAUUGAAAUAUCCUGGGGAGAAGGGGAGGGCCUGCACAGCGGUAAUGAUUGAUUUCAAAAGAGGCCAUUCUUGAGGAACCCAAAGCUUCUUUGUGGAACAAGGAAAAAGUGUGGAACCGUUUAAAAGGGUUUGUUAUCCCCAUAGAAAUAAGGCUAAUUAGUGACGUGAAAAAUUGUGCACUCGGCCUUAGGACAUUUCCAUUUACCUUUCAGCUCCUCAAACCAACGAGAACGAUGACCAACUGGUUAGGAGAGAUCUAACAAAUACAGAUUCACCAUCUUCGCCUCCUAAAAAUACAGCUCAAGCAAAAUUAGAAAUAACUGUCGAGCAGCCUAAAAUCGGAGAAAAGAAAAUUGUUAAGAAAUUAUCCCCGAAGACAAUCGUUUACGCCGUAACACCAACGUAUGCACGUUUCCUUCAAAAAGCUGAACUGACUCGCCUGUCACAAACUUUAAAACACGUCAAAUAUUUUCACUGGAUAGUUGUAGAGGACUCAUAUCAAAAGACACCCCUCGUCACAAGAUUUUUAGCUAAUUCUGGUCUUAAUUACACUCAUCUAAAUAUACGAACCCCGGUAGAGUUGCGCCCAUUAAAAAAUAAACCACGAUGGACUAAGGCCAGAGGAGUAGAACAAAGGAACAUUGCAAUUAAAUGGUUACGUGAUAACAUAAACAUCAAUAAAACUAACGGUGUGGUCUACUUCGCCGAUGAUGAUAAUACCUACGACAUCAAGCUAUUUGAGGAGGUAAGGGCACAAAUCAUGCAGAGUAAAUGUUUUAUUCGAGAGAACUUGACAAGUCUUGGAUAAAGAUUGUGGUUGUCAUUUACAAUGACUGACUUUUCAAAAGCCAGAGCGCAAAUGGUCACGUGAGUCAAAAGUUGACAUUCCGCUCUAGAUUGCCCCAAAGUCACUCAUUGCAAAUGACGACAGUCCUUUUUAUGAUUAUUCUCUGCUGAAACCAUUUACAGAAAUAGUUUUUUUUUGGAAGCCGUUUGAAAUAGGUCAAAAGUACCCCCUUAUAUAAUAAACACAGCGGUUAAACGUUUACGCAUGCGCAAACGUUGCAAUAGCUAGGUGGUGCGCUUUCAGGCUGUCAGAAGCAAGUUGGGUAAAAGGAAUCAUAGGCAACCACACAAGCCAGUAAGCGCGUAACCCUUUUGAUAAAGCUCAAAACAAAAUAGAAAAUAAACAGGAUGCCCGUAAUUAAAUUAGCUUUGCGUUCGAAAAGUUUUUCCUUUCCAUACUUUUGUUUCCUUUCACAGUGGUGUAGAGGUGUAUGAACUUUCCCGUUCCCCGUUUCCCGUGGUUGUUUCUUGUGUUUUCCUCGAAAAUUUUUAGCAGAAAAUUGGCGCGCGGCCUGCCGAUAUUUAUAUCCUUGCACAUGCUCAACAUUUGACCGUUGUGUUUCCUGUAUGUUGUCAUGGACACCAAUAUGGCUGUCAUUCCUUUGAUUUAGUAUCCAAUAUAGCUAACAUUAUGUUAUAUAAAAACGAUCUAUUGGCAAUCCAACUAGCGGCAUUCCGAGACCUUUGCAUCGUGGAUAUUUAAGCGUGGACGUAUUGGGAAACAAUUUCUCCAUUUUUUUUUUUAAUUGAAAUAACUUUGCCGUAAUAGACAUUGCCUCCUUAAUUGUUCCCCUCUUUCCCUUCCAUUGUUCUCGGUGGCUCUUGUUCCCAUCGCUUACAGCGAGGCAGCUGGAAAGUUGCCACAUUGCAAUCUUUUCUGUCUUCCUCACCCAGAUGCGUGAUAUCAAGAAAAUUGGGGUAUGGCCUGUAGCAUUCACUGGUGCCGCGAGAUACGCAGGUCCCCUCUGCAAAGACGGCCGUGUCGUCGGUUUUUACACAAACUGGCGACCAAGUAGAACGUUUCCACUUGACAUGGCAGCUUUUGCCAUAAACGUAAAAAGGCUCAUUGUGGAUAAGCCACAAGCUCACUUUGAUGCUGAUGCUAAACCGGGAGACCUGGAGAACUCUUUCCUGGAACAGGUUGGGACAAGGGAGGAUUUGGAGGCUAGAGCGUCGAAUUGUUCAAAGGUAUAUAACAAUUAACAGAUAGAUUUCAUGUUGUCGUGCGCCUGUUCAGGUACAGUUUACAGAUGACGUCAAAAUGUGAUCACUGAUGUUCUUGACCCUUUAACUCCUAAGAUCUGAUUGCUAACUCACCUCCAACUUUUACACAAUUCCUUGCAGAUAAGUUGGAUGAAAUCAGUAUUAGACAAAUAUAAUAACUUCUAUCUGAUAUAUUUUGGCUAUUCUUCUUUGCUCUUUGCUGGAUAAUGUAUGGAUAUUAAAGGGAGAAGUUUUAUGGUAAUCACUUCUGGAAGUUAAAGGGUCAACUCAUUUAGACAUAUUCUGUGAUCUAUUGCAAUGCAGACCCACGGCAACGAGGAUUCUGUUUUUUUUUUAAUGAUGCAAACACCAAACAACAACAGAAAAAAACUUUUGUUGGUGUUGACGUUAUCUUUGCGUGUUUCCUCAAAAAAUGACAUGACUAAGAACCAAUCAAAAUUCGUGUAAAUUCGUGUAUAAUUCAGCUUAUCAUGUGAGCAUGACUGCAUUUACAUGAUCAAAAUGAACAUUUUAUUAUGAUUAUUAUUAUUAUUAUUAUUAUUAUUAUUAUUUCCAUUAUUGCUCUUAUUAUAAUCAAAACCAAAUAUGAAUGUGAAAGCGAUCUUCGCAAUAAUGAACACUACUUAAGCAGUAGUAAAAAAAAUGCUAGUAAAAAAGUCUAGUCCUGUGCAGGAUUUGAACCCAUGACCUCUGCAAAACCAUAACAAAAUUCUCGAACGUGAUUCAUGGUUAUCACAAGACUGAUUUUAGAGCUAAUAGGACACUGUACACGUCAUGCUUGUGUAAUUGGACAGUAUGCCUCAUAUGAGCGCUCCUUUGUCACGCAUUUCGCCGAGUAAAGUUUUUUUUAUGAAAACAUAUAAGUCAUAGGUAGUUUGCUUCUGAUAUUUUUUCAUUGUUUUGAUUAAUUGGUAACAGGACAUCGUGUCGUCCAAUUCUGUUUGUAAUCAUACUUUUGAUGAUAUUAUGAUUAACAAAUUGGAUUCCCUCAUCGCAUUCGUCCGAUUUUGUUUAUCACAAGUAUGAUUAUGGAAAGAAUUGAACGCCGUUCAGUACUCUUACCAUUACUAAAUAUUGUUUUAUUGUUAUUAAUAAUUAACAAAUAUUCACUGAAAUGGAGGUGAAUAGUGUCGGAUAUUUACCGAGCCGCGAAUAAUAGGUAAAUAUUUGUUUUAGUAUAUAGCACACAGAUACAAAAAUUAGAUUAUUUCUUUCAACAUACCGAAAUACGGUCGGAAAUUGAACUCUCUAUGCGAUUUUGUCUCCUUUAGCGAAUAGCACUAUUCACUGGCCAAUCAGCGCGCGCGAAACGCACGAUUCACUGGCAUAGUAUACACUAAUUGUUAUUAUUGUAAUUAUUUAUUUAUUAUUAUUCAGUAUUAUUUUUGUUAUUGUUAACACUGUUAUUAUUAUCAUUAAUAUUAUCAUUAUUAUUAGUAUUAUCAUCAUUAUAAUGUUUUUUUGAAUUGUAGGUUUAUGUGUGGCACACUAGAACGGAAACACCAAUCAAGAAUAUAAAUGGCGAAAAACUGCUCAUCUCCAAAGGAAAGCCUUCCAACCCAGAGGUGGAAACAUAGCAGAGCUGCAUCCAGUUAUCAAAUUAUUGAAGUAAUUAAUGAAACUAAAUUUGACGAGGAGAUUUUCAAAUCUCCGAUUCAAACGUGCAGCGUCAAUGUCAUGCGCCAAGUGCCUUGGUCAUGCAAACAGCCAAAAUGAGAGAUGGAAAAAAAGGACACGGGUAACGGUAAUUUUUCCUCUCUGUUUUGAUCGGUACGUGUUAGGGCGAAAAAAAAAGAUCCAAAAUAUGGCGAAACAGAAGUUAUUCAUACUGAAAAGAUCAGAAUACGUAUGUGUUGUCGUUGUCCACAAAGUAGCUUGUUGGUUCCAACAUUUGGAAUCGUAAAUACCAAAACACUUAGAGAUUAUCUUCAUAUUUCAAAUUCUUCAAAUUUAUAGUUGUGUACCUUGCCUUUACUGCAAUCUCAAGAAAAGAUUUGCAGACAAGUGCUAAGUAUUUUUUCUCUCUGUUCUAAAACAUAACAACUGAGACGGUCGCAGAAUGGCAAGUCACGAAAGGGUCAGCACUGAACCACAUUUGAUGGUAGAAAACUCGUAUUAAAUGCUCCACAUAAUAUUAUGUGAACGCAUUAUUUACUCUCAUAUCUUAGACACUUAAGGUAAAGCAUGUUCCAGAAGCCACAAAAAUUUUAAUCUCCGCCCUUUAAAAGCAAAACCGAUCCAAAAGUCUCUAAAUCAGCCCAGAAACUCACAUUAAGUAAAAGAAAACAAAUACAGAAGCGACGUAACACUGUUUUAUUUAUAACCAAUACAAUUUUUUAGAUUAAAAAUGCGAUUUUUUAUUCCUGUAAAAAUCCUUACAUUUGGCCCUUUUCAAAACAUAAAAAUGUUUGCAUAUUUACGGAGUCUCAUUAUGCAAGCUUGAGCUACCUGUGCAAUGAACAGAGUGACAGUUGUUUGCCACCUGAGCGUUGUGGUUUUGCGUAGGCAGACAAAUAUUUAGUUACUUUCAAAGUUGAAUUUUUUUUUUUGUUUUUUUGCGCAUUUAAACUGUUAGGAUAUCAUUUGAAACAUUAACACGCUGUAAGAAGUAAAUUGUAACAUACACUUUGUAAUGGCGGAGAUUUUAAUCAUGUGGUUUGGGGAGCAUACUUCUUCUCAAAGGCCUUUUCAGAAUUUCUCCUGUUUCCAAGACAUGUUAUUUUCACUGCUCGCGGUGAAAUCAUUAUUUAUAUAUUUCGGAUGAAAAAUGAUUUCUUCAUGAUAGCCGGGUACAUAAAUACGGCCUAUGUGUUUUUAUGAAGAUUCUUUAACCUAACGAUGUCAUUAUCGUUUAGAUUUUCUUUUUUAUGAUAGAGAAUAAUUCUUUCAGAGAGAAGUAGACUAUUUUUUGUUUAAAGUUUUAAAAAAAGAAACCUUUCUGUGAGCUUCAGGUGCUUUAAGAUUGUCUUUUAUACGAUAUCAAAUACUUCUUAGUUAAUAUCUGUAAUUUAGAUGGACCAUAACUUGUCGAUGAAGAUGCGAGUCUGUCUCAUCGUGUUUAUCAUCUUCGUUCAUUAAAGAUAGCAUCAAGACAGCAAAGAUUUGGGUCUGUAUCCGCAUGUGGCCAAGAACUCACCUGUGUUUCUUUUUUGGUAUGUGGAAGUGAAAAACUUUGCACAUACGUAUUUAUUGGCUAGUGUUUAGCUCUUAAUUGGUCAGGUCCAGAUAUAUUAGAUAUAAAUUGAUGCAGCCUACCUGUACGUCCUAGGAACCUGUUCCUCGAUUGAAGGUUCCGGUAACUGAACGGGCCCGGAAAGCUCUUCUGUUUUCAUUCAAGAUAAAGGUUUCAAAAGUUUUGAAAAUUCUACAACGAAAUUAUCAGCUGAAUAAAAAAAUGGGCUGGUUAGGAUACAAGAAUCUGCCUCUCUAAUUUUUAAGUUUCAAGUCAAAAUAUGGCUUCGGGCUCGUUAAGUUACUGGAGCUUUCGAGAAACGGGACCCAGAGAGGCUAUGACGGCUUUAUUUACAGUACCGAAAGAAAGGUUCUUCUCUAAGAAGCAUAUUAAACUUAACAAAAUUUUCUUGGCUCUUCUCUGGUGAAACUUCUCAGGAGUUAAUAGUUGUUUUUGUAACACCGUUUUAUGUCAUCAGUAUGUUAUACGUUUCUCUUAUGUAAUACUGUUAAGUUUCUCUUCGCUCUUGUUCUCCUUGUUUUCAACAAAAUGUAGGAAUUGUAACUUUUUUCCUUAAAAAAGAACAAAGAUUUAUAACAUACUUUGUGUGUGUUUCUUA